GUUUCGGACGCCGGAAUGGAAGAUGAAACUAUGUUUGGCGAAAAGCAAUCGAUACGGGACUCGGCCCGUUCGCUGAAAAAGUACGGCAGCAUAUCCGGCGGAAGUCGCAGCCCAGCCGCAGUACAGCCCACCGAUGCGCUGAUACGGCACGACGUUGAACGGACCGACACGCUGCAGGGUCUUGCCUUGAAGUUCGGAUGUAGCAUGGAACAAAUUAGGCGAGUAAAUAGGCUACUUCCGACGGACACCAUCUUCCUGCGACCGUUUCUCAUGAUACCAGUGGCGAAAGAUUCCCACUAUUACCCAAAAGAUCCCGAAGCAAUCAUACGUCCAAAUGCGCUGGCUGCUGCCCGGUCAGCUGCCAGUGUCGCCCCAACUGCUGCAGGCGGAAGUGGACACACCGCUUGUACUAAUAAUAACAACAAUAAUAGCAUCAGUUCAGAUGGUAACGGAUACUCGAUCAGCGAGGCAUCUCCACUCGUUUCACCGGAGGAGGAGAGUCGGAAGAAUUUGGAGGAAUUUCUCGGUAAAAUCGACAGCUCGAUAGCUACCACGCGGAAGUGCAUUGCGGAGGUGCAACGGAAUAGUGAUUUCGUGACGAGUAGCCAGAGUGACGAUAAUCUGUUUUUCUCGUCAUCCUCGGGUGCGGCUAGUGGGAGCGGUAGCAGCGGGUAUUACUCGAAACCUCGCGCCUAUUCGAACGCAUCGUCUUCGUCCUCAAUAUCGUCCUAUCAGCAAUACCACUACCACGUACCGAGUAGUGGAAACAGCGCGUAUCACAUGAGCGGAGGCGGAUCAAAUCACCACAAGCGUCAGAGCUCCUCCGGAAGCGCGGCGUCUGACACAAACCAACUAAUUGUGAUGACGCAGGGUAAACGAGUUCAGAGCUCUUUGCAGAAGCUAGAGCGGCAGCAGGAUGAACUGUUUGAAUUGUAG